AUGAAACAUUUUUUCAAAGAAAUCAACUUUCUUGAUCAUGGAACAAUCUUAAAAAUAUGUGCUCUUAAAUUAAUUGUUCAUUAUUCAAAAAAUUAAUUAAAUUUUAACUUCUAUCUACCUAAUCCACUCUCAUCUGAAAUCAUUACAUUUGAAUGGAGUAAUAAUACAUGCGGUUAAGCUUCUGAUAUUUUAGAAUAAUUAACUUAAAACACUUUUGCAUGCAAUACUCAUAAUACUUAUAGUUUGGAUAACAUUAUCAACAACCAGUGGAUAUUGUAUCAGAUGUUAAAAAUCCGUCACACCACCUAAACAUGA